CUCAUAACGCCGUUGAACAACCAUCCCAUAUCUAUCUACCUGCCUUUGCGAUGGCAAGCUCGCCGCCUCGCCUGAUCAACAACCAACACCAUGCGUGAUGCAAGCCGGCGGCGAUAUUCCAGUAACAAGAGCAGACGGACCAGACUACAGAUGAUUGACCGGUAAACAAACGGGCACGACAUUCACCACCAUCAACCAACACCAACCAACACGACACACAAAACAGCCCCCCUCCCCCCAAUAUCACGCCGCACGAAAGCCUCCACACCAUGAGCUAUUACUUCGCCAUCAUCGGCACGCAGGACAAUCCGCUGUUCGAGUAUGAGUUUGGCACCAGCAAGCAGGGCGGCGACGGCCAGGCCCACUUUAACGACCAAGCGCGCCAUCUAAACCAGUUUGUGCUGCACAGCAGCUUGGACAUUGUGGAGGAGGUGCAGUGGACAAACGGGCAGAGCUACCUCAAAGCCAUCGACAAGUUUUUCAACAAUUACAUAUCGUGCUUCAUCACAGGGAGCAACGUGAAGCUGCUGCUGCUGCACCAGCCGCCGUCGUCGCCAGGGGGCGGCGCGUCGGGGCUGGGGGCUGCGGCGUCGACGCGCAGCUCAACGUCCAUCGCGGCCAACCCGACGAGCCCGCAGACGGAGGAGGCCGUGAAGAACUUCUUCACCGAGGCGUAUGAGAACUACGUCAAGGCCACCAUGAGCCCCUUCUACCGGGCCAACAUGGAGAUACGCAACCCCGUCUUCCGGGCUCGCGUGGUGGCGGCUGGGCGUAAGUAUCUAUAGCGACAUUUAUUAUUUGGGAUGAGGAGACAGGGCCGAUGAACGGCAGGCCAAGGCUAUGCACUGUCGUGCAAAUACAGAUCUAGAAGUUAACAAUAAACAUAACAACGCACGAGAUACUUCUUGAAACAUUAUGAAAAAGGCACCAGUGGGGGAGUGCCCAGCUGACCAAGAUGUGCAUAUAUCACAAGUCAUAAGAAUGGUUCACAAAGACACUAUGAUUUCUUUCAGAUCAAUAUAUUGUUUAUCAUGUCGGGUGCA